GUGGUUUCAUUUUCACGGUUCCUCAAACCCCAAGUCAAUUUGUGGUUGUCCGCAUCCGGUGCCCCAUCCAAACCCGGAUACCUUGUCUCGCGUGUGAUUCGCGAACCGGAAUCUGUCGGGACCACCGGGACGACCGACGGCGCUCUGUUAUUGACGACAAAUGAGCUCACGACUCGUAGCGCUGCCCCAAGGCCAACAGGCAUUCUUGGAGGUAAGUUGGACUGA